ACUCGGGUCACCGCGUCACACAUUGGGGAGGGUCUGUUUUGAGUUUUCAACAUGCCGCCAAAAUUUGCAAAGAAGGCGGCCGCUCCUGCAGCGAAAGCCCCACCAAGAGUGGCGACCAGAGCGCCUGCAGCGGCAAAAAAGACUAACGUUCCCGUUAAAGCAGCUAAGGGAGCUCCUGUGGCAAAGAAAGGAGCGGCUCCAGCUCAGAAGGGGAAAGCGGCAGCACCCGCCAAGGGUGAAGACAAACCUCAGAAGAAGGUCUGGACCAAGGAAGAUGAGGCAGCCUGUAAGAUCCAGAAAGUCUAUCGAGGUUACAGGGCAAAGAAGUUGCUGCAGAAGAAGAAGAAGGAGAAGGAAGACUACUUGGAGCUAAUGGAGAAACUGGAAAGGGAGGCUUUUGUAAAGCUGGUGAAGAUGGAACAGGCCAAAGCUGAAGAAGAGAUGCGAAAGAUGGAGGAGGAAAGACGGAGACAGAGAGAAGCAGCGAAGAGGAGAAAGAGGAUGCUUGAGGCAGCCUUUGAUGGAGACAAUGAUGAGAUUCUUUCCGUUUUAAAGGAGGUUGAAGAGCUAGACAACAAGAACAAUGUGCCAAAUGACAUGUCCGGGAGAGCUAUCCGUGCCAAACAUUUACUUGACGUUGUUGAGUGUGAAGAUGCCAACAACAACACUCCACUGUCAGAGGCAGCGGGAGGGGGGCAAGCAGAAACAAUCAAGAUGCUGAUAGAAAGAGGAGCAGAUCCAAACACAGUCGGUCAGUUUGGACGGACGCCACUCUAUCGAUCAGCAUUCGGAGGUCACUUGGCCGCAAUUGAGAUGUUACUUCAGUAUGGUGCAGAUCCACGACUGUUUGCCAGCGAUGGUGCAACUCCAGAACAGGUAGCUGCCAAUGAUGAUGUGGCCCAGGUACUGAGGGAGUGGGACAUCUCACAGACAGAGAAACUAGUGGAGAAGAUCGAGGCAGAGAAACAGAGACGAAAGGAAGAGGAACAGAGGAGACACGAGGAAGAAUGUAACAAACUAGAGGACGAAGUCGCUGCAGUAGACAAACAAAAUGAUGCCAAGCAGAAACAGCUGAAGAAAGCAUAUGAAGAGCUGGAGAAGAGGAUAUAUGAGCAUGAUGAGUGCACACACAAGGGCUUCAACACAGACAUCACACUGCCGGCUGUACAAGAAGCUGAGAGGGAACUGGAGCUGUUGAAGAUCGAGGCAGAAGAAAUGAGACAGAAGCUGGCUGGGCUGAAACUGAAACUCCGAGAGCAGAGAAACCUCGGAAAGGAUGGUGUAGAGGAGGAGUUGUCAGGGAUAAAGGUGACCGUUCGUGAGCUGGACGAUGUUCUCAUCAGAGAUGUCGGCAACAAGAUCAAGGACUCGGGAAAAUGGCCACUUGUGAUUGACGAGUCGUCCCAGGCGACAACCUUCCUCAGAUAUCAGGACACCAAUUACAUGAACUCCCUCAACCCAGUACACAUGGAGCCAGAGAGGAUAAGGAUGGCUGUACUUGGAGCAAUAAGGUUUGGGAAGCCUGCAGUGUUGGACAUGUUGGAUGUGGAUAUGUUUGAGACGGCUUCAAUGAAGUUUGACGGGGUACAAAGUGGCCUCAUGGAUGCCAUCAUGACUAAGGAAAUUUUGCAAGAGAGCAGGUACAUGGCCCUGGUGAAAGAGUCUGACCCUAAAGAGUACCAGCCGUCCAACUUCCUUCACGCCAAGUCUGACAACUUCAGGUUCUUCAUUGUGACCAAACUGCGGUACCCUCCCCAGGACCUGCUGGAUAAAACCUACCCCAUCCGGAUACACAUUCCUGGGGUUGACACUGGUGUGCUCUGAUAAUCAACUUUCUAAAGCAGGCUGAGACAAAAUGAACCAAAUAAAUAGCCUCUACCAGGCACCGCGGAUCGCUGGAAAAAUUCCAGAAAUUGGCAGAAUCCAUGGGUCACAAAUUGGAUCUUCUCUGGUAAAAUAGGAUUUCUACUAUUUUUCCAGCGAUCCGCGGUGCCUGGUAGAGGCUACAAAUAAAGACAUAAAGACAAGUAAAGAAUUGUGGGUCUAAUGAUUGAAAUAGAUCAAACCAAGGACAUUAUACACAGAGGGGAUUCAUUCCUUAAGCUAACCCUUGAUCAAACAAUGUCAUUUUCCAACUUAGGCCCAUAGUUUUUGUUGUUUUCUUCACUGUGAUCUCACAGGGUUUGUUUGGUCUCUUAGUGUGUUGUUCUGAGACAGAAAUGAAGAUUCCAUCCAGGCCACCUGUAGACAGCCCAGUCUUACAUGUACACUAAGCUUGUGGCCAGAAAUAUAUUGUAGCUAUAAUAGUUGUAAGAUUGUAUCUAUCGUAGAUACUGUUAUCUACAACAUGGCAAACAAUGUGAUACAAUAUCAUGACCAUAUGUCAUUAGCCCUGACCCUUUUAAGUUUGAAAUCAGAUCACAGUGGAGUUUUUUUCGUUCUCUGUGAUUAUUUUCAUGACGUUAUAACAGUGAGAUUUGUUGGAAUGCAGCUAUGCAAACUAUCAACAGGGGGCGUCUCAGCCUUGAGCAGUAAAGUUGUUGUAUAUUUCAAAUUACAAAGAAUAGUUCAGUUGUUCAUAGAUACUGUUGAACCAGUACAAGGAGAACAGAAAAUUUUAUUACUGCUUUACAGACAAUUUGAUAUGAUAUAUGGCAUUUAUAUUUCUAUAUGAUCAUUUCUCAUAGAAAAAUUGUUUGAAAAUAA